AUGGAGACUGGCACUACUGCCAAAGCCAAUAAACAACGAAGGGCGAGUCGUCCCAAGGUCAAGACAGGAUGCAAUAAUUGCAAAGCACGACGAGUCAAGUGCGACGAAACGAGGCCUCAGUGCCAGAAAUGUGUACGAUCCGGAAGACGAUGUGAGGGAUAUCCUGCAUACAAAAGGACGACGGAUGUGCCGAUACCAAUUGCUCCACGAUUCCAAGAUGAUUCCUCCUCCACCUCUUCUCCGCCCUCGACAUCCUCCUCAACCUUCCCUGCCUCUUCACCUCCCAGAAUCAGAUCUAUAAUGAAAAAGACGAAUCGAGCACCUCCUCGAGCUACAAAUCGAACAACGAACACGCAGGUUCCAGCUCGCGUGAAAUUUGCAAGCACCCCCACGUCUUAUAUACCUGGGGGGUUCGCUUUCAGUGUAGAAGAGGGCCAGUAUUUCCAAGUUUUCCGCACACACACAGCAAAUGAGCUGUCAGGUUUCUUCGAUUCGGACUUCUGGACCCGGAGUGUACUUCAGGAAAGUCACUCCCAAGCAUCAAUCCGACACGCAGUCGUAGCGCUGGGAGCGUUGUAUAAAACACUGGAGAAGGCUUCUGAGUCGCCUCCCGGCUCUCCAGAAACUGCGGGAUCAGUUGCGUCCGACACAGCACCAACUCAUUAUAAUUUUGCACUUCAACAAUAUGGCAAAUCUCUCACACGAUUGCGAGAGGCCAUUGGAAAUAACGAAACCCGAACGCAACGAACUAUUCUAAUAUCUAUUGUCCUUUUCACCUGCUUCCAGUCUUUUAUUGGCGACCACAAAGCAGCAAUUACCCAAAUCCAAAGUGGCCUAGGACUUCUCGAGGAUCGACGGCAGGACUCCAAGCAGCCUCUCAUUCGCCGCAAAGAUGACGAAGUCGAAGAAGAAUUGGUGCAAAUGUUCACUCGACUGGCCAUACAGGCCAAGUCCUACGACAUGGCUUUUCACUUCCCACAUCCAUAUGUGAUAAGGUUAUCGCCGCAAUCACGGAAUGAUCCCACUUCACCGCAAUCGCCGUCCUCGCCAUCCGAUGCUACCUCGACCGCUUCCAUGGAGUCGCACAUGCCGGAAGAAUUCAAGACGUCGAAAGAAGCUCGUUCCGCCCUCGACACCCUGUUGGAACGCAUAAUGCGCUUCAACGAGCAGCUUUCAUCCUACCAUCCGGGACCCAAUAACAUACUACCGAAAUCAAUCAAGUCAUUGGGCUACGGAUUCGGGAUUCAACUCAACCAAUGGGACAAAGCCUUCGGAGAACUACUCGCAAACCGCCGCACGCCCGGAAUCAGCAACACAGAGCGUGCUGGUAUUGACGUCCUGAAGAUGCUUCAUCUGAUGACAUCAAUCCUUUUUGUCACUGGAUUCAGCACCUCUGAGAUGGAGUUUGAUAAUUUCACUCCAAAAUUCAAAGAGAUUGUGGACCUAGCCAAAGAGGUGGUGGUAGAUGAAGAAUUGACUCUAGCACAAGCAAGAUGCGGGAACGUCGCUGGUUGCCGUCACUCAGAGGGCAAAGCGCUCCCAGAGCACCAUUUUCCAGGCCUAGCAUCUCAGCGACCAGGAGCAUACAGAGAAGAAGACAACUUAUUUCAUAUCAAGGCAUCCUUCGCACUGGAUUUGGGCAUUGUACCGCCACUGUUCGUGGUUGCGACCAAAUGCCGAGAUAGAAAACUAAGGAGAGAUGCAAUCAGAUUACUGCUAUCAAGCCCACGCAGAGAAGGGAUGUGGGAUAGUAUUCUCAGUGGCAGAGUCGGACAAUGGAUCAUGGACAUCGAGGAGCAAGGACUUUCAAUAUGGAGUGGGCCUGCUACCGCUUCUGCACGAGAGAUUGUCCCGGACGAACAGCGAGUCAUGGUGAAGGAGAUUCUGUUCGAUCUACAAAACCGGGAAGCGAUGCUCCGCUGCGGUACAAGGGGACUUGAUGCAGGAGACAUCGACAUGAGAGCACAAGAACAAUAUAUAUGGUGGUAA